CUACUCUUAUCUACAGGCCGUCGACGUUUACAGAUUAACACCAUCAUGUUCUUUGCCAGAACUUUAAUUCUUUUGAUAGGUUUUGAGACGACAUCCUCAAUUCUUCUGGAAAACAUUGACCAUGGUGACGAGGUUAUCACAAGAAAUGAACUUGACCAGGAGAUCCAGGGUUUAAAGAAAACCAUUGCGCAGCUGAAUGAUACCAUUGUUAAAGAGAGAACCCGGUCCAAUGUUGCUUUUGUGGCGGAGCUCUCAAGAAGUAUUACUAAUCCGAUAAACAACUUCCACAUUGUGUUCGACAAUGUCAAGCUUAACGCUGGAAAUGCUUACCAAUCCAUUCACGGAAUAUUUGUCGCCCCAUAUCCAGGAAUUUACCACUUUGCAGUAGAAAUUACAGCACCCCCUAAUUCAGAUUCUUCUCACAUGAUGCAUGUCCGAAUUAUGAAAAAAACACAGCCAGUGGCCGUAACCUUCUUGGACGCCAACACGCACCAAUAUCUGCGCAGAACCGGAUCUAUUGUUCUACAACUCAACACUGGGGAUGAUGUCUGGUGCCAAACCGAGUUAAUGAAUGGCCAUAACACGAUCUUUGGUGGAGAUACAUACUCAAUGUUCUCAGGGUUCAUAAUACAUCCGAUUUAUUAAAAUUUUAUGAAGCAGAAUUAAACAAUAUA